AUGGCAAAUGCUACAGAGGAUGCACAGAGUUAUGUCACCUGUAUUUACGUAGCCAAGAUUGCAGAUUUAUUUCGCAGCAUUACAAUUACCUGGUCCAAGAAUCUGGUCAGCCACACCCUCUUCGUCGUUGUAGAAAACACUUAUGAAGAAAACCACUAUACCUGCAAAAUUGACCUCAAAACCUGGCAGUUCUGGGGAAAAAAGGGUUACAAGACCUUCAAGGUAGAUGGAAAACGACUAGACAUUUAUUGGGAUGUAAAGUCUGCAAAAUUCUCCAGCAGCCCUGAAGCUGUAUCAAACUACUAUGUUGCAUUAGCGAUAGGAGGAGAGUUGGUGUUAUUGCUAGGUGAUCAAGAGAAAGAAGCUGUGCAAAGAACCAAGUCAAAGCCAUCCCUGGUGGGUGCAGCCCUAGUGCACAAGAAGGAAAGUGCAUGUGCAAAAACAUGCUUUUCCACCAGAACACUGUUAGGGCAAAGGAAAAAGGAACAUAUCAUCGUCAUAGAGUCUGCCAUGUCAGGCACUGAGCCCGAGAUGUGGAUUAGUGUUGAUGGGAUGGAGUGUAUUCGAAUUGUGAAUCUGCAUUGGAGAUUCAGGGGUAAUGAGACAAUAACAGUAGAUGAUGUACCAGUAGAGGUGUUCUGGGAUGUGCAUGAUUGGCUAUAUGAUAGUGCCAAUGCUGGGCCUGGGAUUUUCAUUUUCAAGCAAAGUACCAACAAAGACGAAGCCAGUAACAGUCUAACAGAUGCUGAUGAAGAUUACCCAAGCACAGACUUCUGCCACAUCUUUUAUGCAUGGAAGCUUCAAUGA